AUGCAAGUCCUUCUCCUCGGCGGCCACGGCAAAGUCGCUUUGCGAUUGACCCCGCUCCUCCUCAAUCGUGCCUGGAACGUCACCAGCGUGAUCCGCAACCCGGAUCAUGAGUCCGAGAUCCUUGCGUUGGGCAAGGGCACCAAGGGCAAACUCAACGUCUUGAUCUCCAGCCUGGAUGAUGUCAAGAGCGACGCCGACGCGAAGAAGAUCUUAGAUGCCGUGGCCCCGGAUUAUGUCGUGUGGUCUGCUGGCGCCGGCGGAAAAGGCGGCCCCGAACGAACAUUCGCAAUCGACGAACGCGCCGCAAAACACUUCCUCACAGCAUCCUUCGCCUCCCCCCGAGUAACGAAAUUCCUCCUCAUCUCCUGGCUCGGCAGCCGUCGCGUCCACCCACGCUGGAUGUCCGAUGCCGACUGGGCCGGGGUGCAGAACGUCUUCAACAACGUGCUGCCCGCAUACGCAAAAGCCAAGCUCGAAGCAGACGAGUACAUGACGGCAUUAGCGGCGCGGCGUAAGCAGCAGGUCGCCGCGGGCGAGGCGGGGCCGAUCCAGGCCAUCAACCUGCGGCCCGGGACGUUGACGGAUGAGCCCGCGACGGGGAAGGUCGAGUUGGGGGUGACGCCGGGCCGGAGCAAGGUGACGAGGGAGGAUGUGGCGAUUGUGGCGGAUCGGUUGUUGGCGCGCGCGGAUACCGAUGGGUGGUUUGAUUUGGUUAAUGGGGAGGAGCCGGUUGAUGAGGCGGUGGAGCGCGUGGUGAGGGAGAAGGUGGAUGCGGUGGAGGGGGAGGAUGUGGAUGCCAUGGUGAAGAGGUUCUUUCCUUGA